AUGGAUUUCACUAACUCGCGGCCCAUUCGUGACACGACAGGAGAGGAUGGAACUGUAGCCCCGACGGAUGGGACGCUAACUUCCGGCAUGAUCGUCGCCAUCCUCCUCGGCUGCCUUUUUCUUUGCGGCGUCGGCGUCGUGGCGCUCUACACGAUAUACCUCAUCUGCAACAAGUCCAAGCCGCCCACGUCGCAGAAAAAGGAGAUCGCCGUCGAAGAAGGGUUACCCGACCCGCCCAGCAAGCAGACGUCCGUCUCGAAGCCACUGUCCGCCAACAACACGGUGCCCGCCCCGCACGAGGACCUCCGACAUCUGAAGGUCCAGAAUCAGAUCGACCCCAAGAAGUUGUCGCGGAUUAUCAAAGCCGUCUACGAGCGCCGCACGGUGCCGUCUACGGAGACGAGCAUCCUAAAAGAUACGACAGGCGGGCGACGGAAGCCCGAAAUUGUCAAGGUCAUCACUUACGCCACCGAUGACCAGAUCACCUACGUCGACCCGAAGACGAUUGAUGAUCAUUUGACGGACGCGCCGCCUGAGCUCGACCUCGCCUCGCGGCUCCUCGUCCAAAUUUUGCGCCACGGCCCUCGCUCUUUCACCUUCCGAUGCGAGGAGCUGUGCCAGUUAUUGCAGAUGGCUACUGACGUGUUCAAGGCGGAAUCGUCUUUGGUUGAGGUGGCCGUCCCGUGCGUGAUGUACGGCGACAUUCACGGGCAGUACUCGGACCUGUUCCGCUGGUUCAACUUCAACGGCUGGCCGUACAAGACGCGCUCUGUCUUCCUCGGCGACUUUGUCGAUCGCGGCUCACACGGCGUCGAGGUGCUGGCCCUGAUGGCGGCGCUGAAGGUCGUCUUCCCCACCGGUGUCUACAUGGUGCGCGGCAACCACGAGGAGGAGAUGCUCAACAAGACCUACUCGUUCUACGACGAGGUGAUGACCAGGUUUGGAGAGUCUGGCGCGCCCGUCUACCAGGCCUUCAAGGAGCUGUUCGCCUGGAUGCCGAUGGCCGCCCUCGUCAACAAGCAGAUUCUCGGGGUGCACGGCGGAAUCUCGCCGAAGUUGAGGACGUUGGAUGACAUCAUCGCCAUCGAACGCCCCGUCGACGUGUUCACCGUCGGCUCGCUGGCCUGCGAUCUGGUGUGGUCGGACCCGAACAAUGCGAAGAAUGCAAAAAGGUGCUUCCGCGCGAACCUCGACCGCGAGCCGGUCAACGGCAUCGGCCAGCUGUUCGCCCCGGAUGCCGUCCAGAAGACGUGCGCGAAGCUCGACAUUGACCUCAUCGUCCGCGGCCACCAGUCGCCGAUCAACGGCUACAGCACGUUCGCCGACAAGAAGGUGCUCACCAUCUUCAGCGCGCCGGGGUACCGCGGCACCGAGGCGGAUAGCGUGAACAUGGGCGCCUCGCUGGUCGUCGACGCUAAUAUGGAGAUGACCAUCAAACGAAUCCAAGUCUCGGCCAACUUCCGCAAAAAGCGAAUCGAGGACGAGAAGCUCUACCAGAGCUCCAUUCGCAAAAAUAAGAGCACUUCUCAGGCGUCGGACACAUCGAGAACCCUGAGCGUCGAGAGCCAACGUUCAGCCCGC